AGGAUUCCAGCAGCUGGUUGAGAAGAUGGGUGGCUCAGAGAGCAGCUUAUACCAGAAGCACCUCUCGAGGUUUCUCCCGGAUGAGCUCGCGGACAUCGAUAGAGUGUUUGAUGCUUUAUCUGGAUCACCUGGGCCCGUCGAAGGAACGGGUGGAAAGGCUGCGAAGAGGACUGUGACUUUGACAAUGUUCAAGGCCUACAUCAGGGAAGCCCUGCCCGAAUCGAUGACCGUCAAGCUGUUUGAUGGGAUGAAAAGCAUCCGAGUGGCUGAGAAGCCCUCCAGCCCCAGCGACCAGGUGGGGAAGGAGCAAUUUGUGGUUUUCUUGGCAGCCGUCACCAAAGGCUAUGCGGAGGAGAAGAGCGACAUCGUCGUGAAAAUGAUAUCGGAGGCAGACGGGACGAUGAAGGGGAGCCACAUCCUAGAGUUUGCAGAAGACCUGGUCGGCUCCCUUGUUCACGUUUUGAAGCACAGGAAGGAGUUGAAGGGCUGGAGCCUGCAGAAUACCCAAGAUCCGACGGCUGGCAUAAAAGCGCUGGCUUCCCAGCUGGUGUCGGAACUGAAACUCGCAGAUGGGAAGAAGGUGGAAGGAGCUCAGAUCCAGGAUGCCGUCUGCGACAAAAGCAGCCUCGAAGAUUGGGUGUUUCGAGUUCCCCAAGUCUCCACGUUGCUCAACGUGAUCGUCCAGCAGGGGCUUCUCGUCUUUCAGUCUCUCCCGGAUCGGGCUCAAGACACCCUCCACGUGCUCCCCAGGUGCAAAGGCGUCCAGAGCAGCGCUUUUGUCAGUCUGCUCGACAUCCCCUCCGUCACCUACCUCAACUCCCACCUGCCCGCCGAGGUCCGGCACCGGUGGCGCCUGCUCUUCGCCUCUCGACUGCACGGAGAGAGCUUCACCCAGCUGCUGGGCCACCUCGUGAACAAGGGCCCCUGCCUGCUGGUCUUGAGGGACUCGGAUGGCUACGUCUUCGGCGGCUUUGCCUCGUGCUCCUGGGAAGCCAAGCCCCAGUUCCAAGGUGACAGCAGGUGCUUCUUGUUCUCCGUUUCUCCCUCGCUCUCGGUGUUCACCUGCACGGGCUACAAUGACCACUUCAUGUACUUGAACCACAGGCAACAGACGAUGCCCAACGGGCUCGGCAUGGGCGGCCAGCACGACUACUUCGGGCUCUGGAUAGACAGCGACUACGGGAAAGGGCACAGCAAAGCCAAGCCCCGCUGCAUCACGUACAACAGCCCGCAGCUGUCGGCUCAGGAGGACUUCAUGCUGGACGCCCUGGAGGUGUGGGCAGUGGGAGAUCCCCCAGAAAACGACACUACUGAGAAAGGAAAGAAGAGCAUUUUGGAUGUGGACCCCGAGGCCCAGGCCCUUCUGGAGAUGAUCGGGAAGAGCCGCCAAAGCGAAGGAUUCCGGAAACCGGAGGAGGACGACGGCGACUGA